AUGGCAAGUCCUCGUAAACCAAUUGUCACAGCAGUUAAUCCGUUUUGUGUACCGAAUGGGGCAUUGGCCGAUGCAGAUUCAGAUUCAGAUUCAGAAACUACGGCCUCAGUUUCAGAAACUUCAGAUUCUGAGUCUGAGACUGGAGUUCCAAUCAAUAUUGUGGUAACACCAGCAGUGUCUUCUUUAUCAAUAUCCGAGGCACCUAUGGACGACGAUGCACAGACUUUUUCUUCAGGGUACCUCAGUUUCUCUGCAUCAUCAUCUUCAUCAACAACUACCACACAUUUACAACUACCCCAGGGAGGAUACUCAGGGAUUGCACCGCCUUUGCCUCCAUGGCGUAAACUGUUAUGGGUUAAGCAACCGUACCCUGAUAACUAUGUGGAUACCACGUUUUUGUCACAGCUUAAGCAAAACUCACACGUGCAGCCGUACACCUUCUGGGCCCUUAGUGCUGAUUUCUCGUCUGUACUUGUACACUUGUGCACCGUCGUUCAUUUCGUCAUUGUGUUUGUGGGAAUUUAUGGCCAGGGAUGGAGUCCCGUCAGGUUUGCCGGAGGUUCAUGUGUGUUGACUGCCGGAGGAUACUUAUGGCUCCGGUAUUAUUUAAUGGACGGCCAAAGUCUUGGUCCAUCUUCGUCAUCAGAGCCCGGCUCUCUGCUGGCUACUUUUAAAUCGGCUUUACUCAUUCUCUUUACAAUCCUCGCUCUUUCACCCGUCCUUAAGUCUUUGACCCAAUCAACAUCUUCAGACUCUAUCUGGGCCCUUGCUAGCUGGCUUGUUGUUGGAAAUAUUUUUGCCAACGAUUAUUCAUCCACCUCCACAAGAGCCGUCACUACAGUUUUCAAUGCCGAUCAGGAUAUUGAACUUAAAUCAUCACUCUCUACAAACCUCGCCUUAUCUGCUGCCAUUGUGCUUGCAUCCCGUUUACCAACAACCAUCGCCGUAUUUUCCUUCGUGCUCUUCUCUAUCCAACUCUUUGGCGUCUUCCCGGCUUUUGUCAAACGUAUUCGUGUAGCAAAGUCCCCCAAAGCUGCCAAGUCUUCCCCCACCGUCGCGCUACGCUACUCAAAAACAUACUGGUCUCUACUCGCAACCUUAGUUACUACUACUUAUAUAGGACUCUGGCAUAUUUGCGCAGGUGCUGAUCCGUGGUUCAAGCUGCUGGUCGGCGGUACAUGGCUCGGCACCCAAGUGGCCGUCAUGGUAGUGUUACCACUGUGGUUACUGACCCUUCAAAAGUACAAGAAUGAAAUCCAAGGGCCUUGGGACCCUGCUAAACCUGUUCUUCAAAAUACUCGUAUUUAA